GAAUCGUAUAAUACAAGAUCAAUAAGUCGAAAAGAUUUCGUCACGGUACGAGUUCAAGUUAAUCGUAAAACUUUUGUGUUCUCGUUGUCGUAAUAUUUUGUGUGGUGUGCUAUUGAAAUAUACAGUGUUUUAUGUAGAUGACGUUAAAAACAGACAUCUCCUAAUUAAGCGCGUGAUAAGUUAAUAACAGUAAAUAUAGCGAGAAGUCCGUAACAGGAUAGAUGAUUUCGUUCGUGUUACAUCGGGUGCAAGUAGAAAUGUCAGAUGCAUGAAUGAUCGCAGGACCUUGGACUUUUAAUUCUUAAACAGUGUACGACAGAAGGAAAUAUUUGGAUUGCUCUAAGCGAAAAGCUGAUUUUCUAGCGUCCAUUAUUUCUUGAAAAAAUGACGUACCACAUUCCGCGCUCUUACAAGUAAUUGCAAGUUAGACGACGUUCUGACAAUCAUCGGAAAAGUACAACUAAAUAAAAUAAAAAAUGAGUUCCGUCUGGAAACGAUUGCAGCGAGUAAAUAAGAGGGCUGCAAAAUUUCAAUUCACCGUCUCGUACCAUGAAGUCACUCUAGAAACAACAACGAAAUGGAAACCAAACAAAUUAAGCAUUGUGUGGACAAGACGUAGUAGAAGGGUUACUACUGAACCCUUAGAUUGGGAACCAAAUUUAAGUGAUCCACUGAAAGGUACUAUUGGCUGGGCUGUUCCUGACAAUCACACGAUUUCUGUAACGUUGUUUAAAGAUCCACGCACACACGAAUUAGAAGAUAAAGAUUGGACAUUUGUAAUUGAAGAUGUUUCUCCGACGGGUAAAAGGCGGCACGUGGCUGCUACAAAUAUAAAUAUGAAAAAAUAUGCGACCUUAGAAUCCACUCAACAACAACUUAAAUUAGAAUUAAAACCUACAUCCAAGAAAAUUGUUAAAGCUACAUUAGAAUGUACUUUAUCAUGUGUCUUCUUGAGAGAAGGCAAAGCAACGGACGAAGAUAUGCAGAGUAUGGCUAGUUUAAUGUCCGUUAACAAUAACAGCGAUAUUGCUCCCUUAGAUGAUUUUGAUAAUGAAGAUAUACCUGAGGAUGUUGAAGAGGUAUCUGUGAAAAAUCUUGAUGAAAUUUUAGAUAUUUCUGCACAACUUGAUCUAAUGACAAAUAGUCUCACUGAAAGUGAAUUACCUAGCACUCCAAUAAGUGUGGCAAGUUUAUCAAAGGACAAUGUUACGCCUGUAAAUGAUAAUGACCACUUUAUACGUGAUAUUAGUCUAACUGGAAUUAAUGAUUCCUUUAAAGAAAAGUCUCCCCUGAAGGACAAUGUCGCUGCUGAAAAUGAUAGAAACAUUGUACACAGCACGCUAAGAUUACCAUUGCAACCAUUAGAACUAACAAAGAAUGAUACCAGUACACCUAGAUUAAAAGAAAUUACACCAGGCCAGGAUUUAUUGGAAUGGUGUAAGGAUGUAACAAAAGGUUAUUCUGGCGUCAAAGUUACGAAUCUCACAACAUCUUGGAGGAAUGGAAUAGCAUUUUGUGCAAUCAUACAUCAUUUUAGACCAGAUCUUAUAGACAUAGAUUCAUUAUUAUCGCACGAUGUAAAAGGUAAUUGUAAGAAAGCAUUUGAUGCAGGAGAAGCCCUUGGCAUACCUAGAGUGAUAGAGCCAGCAGAUAUGGAUAUAUUAACUGUACCUGACAAAUUAGCUGUGAUGACAUAUUUAUAUCAGCUGAGAGCACAUUUCACUGGCCAUGAAUUAGAGGUACACCAGAUAGGUAAAACUACGGAUGAAUCUUCUUAUAUGAUUGGUAGAUUUAAUACAGACAAUAAUUCGGAUGUGAGUGUACAAUUGUUUGGUCAGGAAAUAAUUAAUUUACACAAGAAAGACCAAAUGGAGCAUAAAAAUAAUAAAAUAGACAACAGACGAUCGAACCCAUUCGAUAACAAAAAAGAGGAUAUUAAUAUUGAUUCUGUAAAAAAUAGAUUACAUUUAAGUUUGAACAUAGAGAAUCAGGAUCAUGAUCAAUGCAAUAAAGAUAAAUCACCAUCCAGUGUUAAAGAUGUAAAGGACAUUAUAUUAGCCAGCUCAAAGAGUAUUCUAGAAAAAGUGUUAUCGCCAACUAAAGAAAAAUAUUUAUCUAGGGAAAAGAGCAAAUCUCCACCGAGAGUACCACAAGUACAACGUCCUAUAUUAAUGACUCGUCGACAAUUAACAGAUCCAUUUGGAUCUGACGAGGAAGAGGAAAAUAUUCAAAUAAUCGACGAGAAAUGGUCUCAGUCAAUCUCAAUUAACAAAUUACAAACGCCAGUUCGUGAUGAUUCAUUAAAUACAACUGAGAAGGGAAUUCGUGAUAGUACUGAAUGUCAAAGUGUGUCAUCACCGCACGGCGAGCAACGUUCUCAACAUCCAUUAGUCAGUCGGCAUGAUGAAUUAAGAGAACGUGCAAGACAACUCUUAGAACAGGCCAGGAAUCAGACAAAGUCAGCUGGCCUUGUUUCUGCCGCCGCUAGUCCUAUCGAGAGUCAAAACGAUGACGAAAGGCAACAGCAGUUACGCGAAAGAGCGAGGCGUUUAAUAGCGGAAGUAAAAAUGGGUGUUAAUGUUACUUCGAAUCAAAUAAACGACGACAAUAAUAGUGACAGGCGAUCGAUAGAUGAUCAGAAUAAUAGCCCGAGACGUAGCAUGACACCGUCUACACCCGGUGAUAGAUUUAGUACAAAGUCUGAAUAUAAUGGAAAUAUAUUGGGAACUCCAAGUGUAAUAGAUGGUGAAAAAAAGACUGGUUCCCCUCUCUAUUCAUUUUCUAAGAUAAUAGAGAGAAUUUCACCAGAUAAAACUAGUCCUGAUGGUACCUCGUAUACUCUCAGAGGGUUGGGGAAGGAUAUGACAGCAUAUAUUCAAAACGAAUUAGAAGCAUUAGAACGAGAGCAGACCCAAAUAGAUAUUCAAGCUGGUAAACUUGAGAAACAACUUCGAACUGCUAUGGAAAGUGACAACGAAGAUGAAACUGAAAGACUGAUGUCUCUGUGGUUUACCCUCGUGAAUAAAAAAAAUGCACUUCUCAGAAGGCAAAUGCAAUUGAAUAUAUUGGAAAAGGAAGACGACUUAGAACGUCGGUUUGAACUUUUAAAUCGCGAAUUAAGAAGCAUACUUGCAGUAGAAGAUUGGAGGAAAACUGCUGAACAAAAAAUGCGAGAGAACUUACUUUUAGAAGAAUUAGUUUCUAUCGUAAACAAAAGAGACGAGUUAGUCCAUCAUCUUGAUACACAAGAAAGAGCUAUUGAAGAUGAUGACGAAAUAGAACGUGAUUUAUCUAGAGCUGGAUUAGCUCAACGAAAUAAAAAUUGCGUGGUACAAUGAAAAUUUAAUUCUCGACCCUCCUUGUUACAGUAGUAAAUUACAGGUAAUUCAUUUAAAUUAAAUAGUUCACUUUUUUUUAAAUAUAUAAAUAAAACCUUCAAACUUAAAAAUUUAAUAAAAAACAAAUGUUGACUCUCAGAAUACUAUCUUUAAAUAAACUUCUGCUAUAAAAAAUGCGAUGAAAGUAUUAAUCAGUUUAAGUCGUAAAAAUAUAAAUUAAUACUGUACUAAAAAUAGCAAUUAUAGGUAUGGCUCAUUUUGCUGUGGAGUCGCCAAAGAAAAUACAAAAUUUUCCUUGACAAUGAAGUCAGGACUUUCAUAAUCUGGGAGAUACUAAUAUUUAGAAAUUUAUUUUGUACUAUGAAUGAUAUACCAGUUGUGCGAUCAGUGUUCCAUGUUUAUACAAAUUCAUUAUUAAGAAUUGUAUUGAUACACUUUCACUCCUCGUAUUGAAGCUAAAUCGAAAUUGAGAUCUGUUUCAUCAGAGGGAAAUAUCAUAAUUAAAAUUUGUUCUAGCGUUGUGAACGUUGUGAAAAGUUACUUUAGGAAAAAUCAAUUUCAAUUUAUAGCAAUACGAAGUGACUAAAAAUAACGGAGCAGAACAGCCAUUAUUCCAUUAAAACAUCAUAAAACAACUAAUUAACAAUUCUUUUGUGCAUUAAUAAAUACAUGAUUAUGGAAGCUUCCUAAUUUAAAUAAGGUGCUGAAAUCUCUAUAUAAAUUAAAAAAAAAAACUAUACAAGGGAAGUGUUGCGAUAUAUAGUAUAUCACUUUUAUAGUUCUCGAUUAUUAUGCAUUAUAUUCAUGACAUAAAACGCGUAUAAAUUGGAUGUACUUAAAAAAUCAUAGAUCACUUGUAGGAAAAAAAUUAACUAUGUCAAAGUAGCGUAGAGAGAAUAUUUCGAUCCAAUAAGUCGAUAAACUUCGGCGAUGAGAUUUAAUGAAGCAUAGUAUUCAUUUUGUCAUCUACAAUAUAAAAAAACUACUGUUCAUAAACCAUAUUUAUUUUGAUUGUGCCAUAUAUAAAUAUCCUAAUUUUUUAGGAAAAUUAUUAUACUCAUUUACUCCUUUGUAAAAUACUUGCCAUUUUAGAAAGGUGAUAUAAUAUGCAAUUUUGUCCUAUGGUGUACUGAUUAUUUAUUAUUGAGUUUGAUGUUAAUGUGCUUAAGGCCUAAUCCAUUUCGGAUAUUCUUAGACAUGUAUAAAAGUUUGCCACAUGAUUUCUUUUCAAAGUAACAAAGAAAUUAAUCUGUUUGUAUAAAUUAAUAUCGUUUAGUGAUAUAUAUGGAAAACAAUUAUUCCAGAGGCGAAUUUCGAUACAAAGAUAAAUCAACAAAUAAUAACAAUUUCCUUAGAAGAUUGAACAAAAAUAUGAAGAAUUAUAUACAUGUAUUAUACUUUUCAUAUUAUUUAUGUAUAUCACCUCAAUCGGUAGUUUUAUUUUAUAAUACAUUAUUUUAAUAAUUUGUUGAUUUAUUCACACAAAUUUUAGAGAAAAAAAAACAAAACAUUUUAAUAAUGCGACACAAGUUAUAUUACCGAAAUGUGAUUUCAAAACAUUAAACGAAACAUAGGUUAAAUAUUAGUCUUUCUGAAAUUUACUCCUACUAUAUUUUUAGACAAAUUACAUUGUUUCAAGUGUUUUAGUUAUUUUAUUCUACUCGUUUGUCUUUGAACAUUGUCGUUGACAUAGUGUUCUGAAUGUUAAGACAAACCGUGAAUGAGUAAUUGUGGGAUGACUUAGGAAUAAGUAUGCAGUGUAAAAUUUGCACGAUUUUUUUUGUAAAAUAAAAUGUUCUUUUUCCUUUGAACGGUGUAAA